AUGGGCAACAUUAGCCACCAGGAACACUUCAAUGUUCCCCAGGACCAGAGACGACGAACUUCUGUUCAAGACGUUCCUGCCUUCGCCGAGCACGGUGCCCUCGUCGACCAUAAGAUUCCUCAAGCAGAUGUGGUGCAACAAGAACCUGACCUGACGUGGAGUCGAAUCCGACAUUUCCUCCGAGAACCCCUGUCGGAGUUCUUUGGCGUCUUCAUCCUGAUCCUCUUUGGUGAUGGUGUCGUCGCGCAGGUAGUCCUCAGUGGGAACACAAAGGGCGACUACCAAUCAAUCUCUUGGGGCUGGGGUCUUGGUGUCAUGCUAGGAGUCUACACUUCUGGCAUCUCAGGAGCACAUUUAAAUCCCGCCGUCACCCUUGCCAACGCAAUCUUUCGCAAGUUCCCGUGGAGGAAAUUUCCAAUCUACAUGCUUGCCCAGAUCCUCGGCGCUAUGGCAGCAUCUGCAAUUGUUUAUGCCAACUACAAGUCCGCGAUCGAUGUUUUCGAAGGAGGCCCUGGCAUCCGGACCGUCGGUGGCGAGACCUCGACCGCAGGCAUCUUUUGCACCUAUCCUGCCCCGUUCAUGACCAAGACCGGCCAGUUCUUCUCCGAGUUUAUCGCCAGUGCGAUCCUGAUGUUUUUGAUCUACGCGCUGAAGGAUGAUGGAAACCUCGGUGCAGGAGAUUUGACUCCUCUGGGGCUCUUCUUUGUCAUUUUUGGCAUCGGUGCAUGCUUCGGCUGGGAGACUGGCUAUGCUAUCAACCUGGCUCGAGAUUUCGGUCCUCGUCUCGUCAGCUAUAUGAUCGGCUACGGACACGAGGUAUGGAGCGCAGGUGACUACUACUUCUGGGUUCCAAUGGUUGCACCAUUCUGUGGCUGCGCAUUCGGUGGCUGGCUCUAUGACAUGUUCCUCUUCACCGGCGAGAGCCCGAUCAACACUCCUUACAUGGGUCUCAAACGGUUUUUGCAACCGAAACGAUCAGUGUGGUCAAACACAUACACUCCCAAUACCGAGAGCCAGGUGUGA